UGACCGGUUUCGAUUCCCAAGUGAUGCGCUAGUAUCCUCAUUACCAAGUCCCUCGGAGAGGACCUUAAGCCGUCGGUCCCUUAGUUGCUUGCUCACAUGCAUUAAUUCGUGCUUUCUUAGCAGUCAGGUAAAAAACCUCGAUAGAACAGCACCCCGGCCUCGGGCAGCAACCAGUUUGUUUAUGCAUUACGGGAAUAGCGGGGAAUCCCCUGACCAAAUGGACAUGAUCACAUGAUGCGAUUCCUGAGCACUGGGGAUCGGGACGGACCACAGAGAUACCUAGUCGGCGUUUGCCAUAGCUUUACGGGAAUGAAGGCGCGGCCGAGCCGCCCCAGGCCCUGUAUGCCAGAGAGCAUCGACCAGGCCUGCAAGGCGGAGUUCUCUCAACGUCUCUGGGUAGGUUGUCCGUUGAUCCCGGGCCGAAGCUAAAACCCAUGCAUCGACUGAGAUCUUGGUGGAUCGAUUGCAUGUUGCAGACACUUCUUCUUGAUCUUGGUAAUGAUACAGUAUGGUACCGGUACUGCAGUCAAACUCAACAAGUGGGAUACCAUUACCUCUAUAACAAUUCUACAUGCUGGAUUUCUGGAGGCGUGUGUGGCCUGUAUUUGCAGUGGCCCCUGAAUGAAAGUAGUACUAUUUCAGUUUCAUGUGUUUCACGAUUUGGCCUAUUGGACUAAUCAUACAUGAAUCCGGACAUGAAUUUAUUAGAUGACAAACAAGAUGAUGCACUGUCUGGAUGUCCAGCAGAAACUGAACUAGCUGGUAGAUCUUCCAUGUGUGAAGGCUGUCCUGGACAGGCAUUAUGUCAACAGCAAAGUGGUGUGGACCCUGACCAAGAAUUCAUUGAUAUUAGGAUGAACGCAAUUCUACAUAAGAUAAUUGUUGUUUCAGGGAAAGGAGGUGUCGGGAAGUCUACAUUGGCAGCAUCGUUGGCCCUUGCUCUAGCUCAGCAGAAGAAAAGAGUUGGUAUUCUAGAUGUGGACAUCUGUGGUCCGAGCAUUUCACAGCUCAUGUCAGUUCAAGGUCAAAAGGUCAUCAAUACGCAGUGGGGAUGGAAACCUUUACAGUCUAAGCAUGGCAAAAUUAAAGUGAUGUCUGUAGCAUCUCUAUUGGACCAAGCUGAAAGUGCUGUAGUAUGGAGAGGGCCAAGAAAGACUCAACUUAUCAAACAAUUCCUUAAGAACACCUUCUGGGGAAAACUUGACUACCUUAUCAUUGAUACUCCACCUGGUACAAGUGAUGAGCACCUGACAGUCUUAAAGGUUCUGAAGAAUACCAGACCUGAUGGAGCAGUUAUCGUCACCACUCCACAGACAGUUGCCAUGGACACGAUACGCAAAGAGAUUGAUUUUUGCAAUAAGAUGAAGCUACCAAUCUUAGGAUUGGUGGAAAAUAUGAGUGGUUUUGUGUGUCCAUGCUGUCAGGAGAUAACCCAUGUGUUUUCUGGUAAUGGAUUAGAGAGUUUGGCCAAGGAAUCAAAAUUAACAGUUCUUGAGAAAAUUCCUCUUGAUCAGGCUCUGGUUAGAUGCUGUGAGGAUGGAGAGAGUAUCUUUGAUCGCUACCCUGAUUCUAGUGUACUGAAUCCAUUAGAAAGAUUAGCACAAAGGUUCCUACAACUACCAAACAGGUGAUGGCAAGCAGAUGGAAGUUUUCAGGUCCUUUACCCUAUCUUAACUGGGCUAUUUUAGACCAAGAUAUAAAUUUGCAUGCGCGUAGAGCCGGAUGUAAACUACAAGACUUUAUAGUAAAAUUUAAAAAAAAAUCAAUUGUUUAUGUAUUAUUAAUUGAUAUUGCAAAUAAGCGUAUGAAAUUUGCCCUAAUUUUUUUUUGUGUGUGUUUUUGCCUCUAAUUUAAUUUAUAAAGCUAGUAGAAUGCUAAUUUUUGGUGGGAUUACAUUUCUAACAAAUAUCUACUUAAAAUUGCAAAAAUGUAAUUAAUUUCUAAUGUAUUUUAUUGUUUUUUGAUUAUGUAUUUUUUGUUUUUUCAAACUUUUUUUUUCCAAUUAACUUCGUUGAGGACCCUUUGCAAUGAUGAAUAGCAUAAAAUGAAUCCAUUCAAACCAACAGAAGUAAAAAUAAUCAUACAUUUUUUAUUUUUGGUUGAAAAACACUAUUUGCAUUGACUUUUUACACGGAAUCACGUU